AUGCAUAACUUCAAAGUCGAAACUGAUGAUCCCCAUGAGUUCACCAUGAAAGUUGGUGGUCAUCGUGUGACUGUACCAUACUUGUCUCCUGAGGAGAAGAGGAGGGCCAAGCAAGAAGGGCCUGUAACCAGUAUCCCGGAUAGCGUGGAUAUUGAUGCACUUUACGAGGACAUCGUCGAGGCUAGUGCACAAUAUCUCACCACUAUGAACGAGAUGAACGAGCAACACGGCGGAGGGCCCGAUCAAGUCCCUAAUUUCACUCCCGCUCUGACUUUGGCUCGGAAUCAGGGUCUAGCUCCUGUUCCUGCUCGGGCUCCGGCUUGGGAUCCUGCUCUCGCUCGGGCUCAGGCUCCGGCUUUAGCUCCCGCUCCGGUUCCCACAUAUCAAAUGGGUGGGAUUUCAGCAAACCGCAUGCCCUCGGGCAACCAACGACAUGGUGCGCCUGGCUUUGUUGUACGGUUCCUGAAUGCCCUCACUAUGGGUCUUCCGUUAGCAAGUGUCCCAUCAAUGGUUGUUUCAUCCGGGGAUGUCCUGCAAAUACGCAUCCUCCUUCUGGGUGUCCAGUGGAAAAGUGUCCUGCCAAUGGGCAUCAUACCAAUGGGUAUCCGGCCAUCGGGUGUCCGGUUACUGGCUGUCCUGCCGCGGGGUCUCUUAUGA